GUAUUACAAAUUAGAAGGUCGAAUUAAAUAAUUAUUAUAUUUGGUCUAUUUAAUUAACAUUUUGUUUAUUGUUGUCUAACUAGGACUAGAAUUUUUGCAUAUAUUUCAACAUUUAUUCAUCAAAAUUUGUAUGUAUAUUAAUUACUUAAGCCCAUCCCAUUAAAAAUAUUUAAGUUAAUAUCGCGCCAUCUUUAUAUUGGUUUGAUAUAAAUUGAAACCAUUUAAAUUUUAUGUGAACUGAAUACUUUAAAUACACAUUUAAAUGAACAGAAUAAAAUACGCUAAUCCACUUUUAUUAGAUGGUGAAGCAACAGUAGUUGUGGAAAAUAACGUGAGGCUAUAUGAUGGAGAUCAAAAGACCUCAUUUGAAGGUGGAGAAUUGAUAAUUACUACACAUCGAAUUUUAUGGGGCCGGCCAGGACAAAUAGCUCGAGGGCAAACAUGUUUAGCUUUACAUUUAUAUCUAGUUGUUUUUUUAGAAGAGGAGUCCCCUAGUGCCUUUAGCUUCAGUCGAUCAAGAAAAGUAGUAGUGCACCUAACAGAGACAAAUGAUUCUUCAAAUGGCCCACAGUUGACAAGCAUCUACAACUUUAUUAAAUUAUCUUUCAGAGAGGGUUAUACCAACAAUGUUCUAUCUAUCCUUAACGAUUUACUUCAAAAUAGGCCAUGGGAGCCAAAGGUUGUACAAGUUCCAGUGCAACAAAGACCUAUUGUUCCUACUAUUAAACCUAGAUUGGGAAUUGUGGGAAUAGAAAGAAGUAUUCAAGCUAAACAAAAAGAAACAGAUGAAAGUAUAACUUUGGCUUUCCAAGAUUUAGAUAAGUUGAUGGUCAUGGCAAAAGAUAUGGUGAAUAUAUCAAGGACAAUAUCUACGAAAAUUAAAGAAAAACAUGGUGAUAUAACUGAAGAUGAAACAGUACGUUUUAAAUCAUAUUUGCUCAGUCUUGGUAUUGAUGAUCCGGUCACCAGAGAUUCCUAUAAAUCUGAUAAUCAAUAUUAUCAGAGCUUAGCUAGACAAAUAUGUAAUUUUAUUCAAAAGCAUAUUGAGGAAAUGGGUGGCAUGAUGGCACUUACUGAUGUUUUCUGUUGGGUAAAUAGGGCGAGAAGUUUGGAACUACUAUCACCAGAAGACAUUCUAAAUGCAUGUAAAAUUAUGGAAAGUCUAGAUCUUCCUAUUAAGUUAUUUCAGUUUUCUUCUGGAGUUAUGGUACUUCAAUUAAGCAGCUUAGAUAGUUUAAGUAUUGCAGAAGCUACAGCAAUAUUGGUGGAAGACAAAGAGUCCAUGUCUGCUGAAGAACUUUCACAGAGUUUGGGCAUUUCAUUAACCUUAGCUAAAGAAAGGCUUCUAACAGCAGAGAAAUAUGGAAAAUGUUGCAGAGAUGAUUCUAUUGAGGGCCUAAGAUUUUAUCCAAACUUGUUUCUAACCAGAGAAGAAUAAGACAUAUUUAUACUUACAAAGAAUUAAAAGUCAGCUGGUGUGUGAUUUAAGGAAGUAUUUGAAAUUACAUAAAUGCUUUUUAGUAGUACAGGCAAAAGUAAGCUUGAUGUUGGAAGUAAACUUACUUUUGUCUAAUUUAUGAGUCUAAUAUAAACCUAGCAAAGUCCUUUGGAAAAGUUUGAUGGAUCAAAGUGUAUACUUCUUUGCAAAUUCUUUUUACCUUUGAAGAUGUAGGAUCAAAUAUAUAUGACAAAAGAAUAGUUCCAUAAAACAUGUAAUAAUUUACUGUAAUCCAGUCAACCUGACACUAUUGCCUCAAAUAAUUAAAUAUUGCAAUAAAACACCUUUUAGU